UUUACACCGGAGCUGACAACAUUGCUGCCAGCAAAAGCUGACAACAUUUACAAAAAUCGUACUUUUAAUUCCGUCAACAUUUGCUGCCAACAAUGCUGUCAGCACCGAAAAGUGUUGGCAGCAUUUACCCACCAGUAGUCGGUAAAGAUCAAAGAAUGUUGUCAAACAUAUGCUGGCAGCAAUGUUGACGGGACUAAAAGCGACCGUCAACAAUGUUGGCAACACUUCCCUUAGCGCACGUGGUUGGCCGCCAUGUCGUUCCGACAGCGUCAGUACUACUCUAGUUGCGACUGUUGAUGGUAGUACGUCUGUGUUGUUUGGUGUCCGUGUUUCUCAACUCAAUAUGAACAGCGACAGCAUUGAGAGUGAAAUUGAUUGGUCCCGUGAAACAGUCAUGCAAUUGAUUGACCUAUAUCGAGAGCAACCAGUUCUUUGGAAUCCGAUGGACCCUGAUUUUAAAAAUAAAAACCUAAAGAACUAUGCAUGGAAUGACAUUUCGCGGGAAAUAAAAGCCAGUAAUACGGAAGUACAGGCAAAAGUGAAAACAUUGUUGGCACAGUUUCAAAGAGAACUUAAGAAGAAGAAGAGUGGUUCGGGGGCAGACGAGUAUAAAAGCAAGUGGUGUUAUUUUAAAGCGAUGCUGUUUUUAAAGGAUAAAACUACUGCACGGAAGAUUAAAGAAGCUGGGAUUGCCACUGACGACAAAGAGGCUGCCGAUGAAACAGUGCAGGCAAGUAGUUAACAAGAUUAUUUUAUCAAAUUUUCACAUAUUUUAAUGUCACUUUUAUAGGUUAAAAAAGUUAAACAUAAACA